GUUAUGAUUACUAAAGUAUGGCAGCUAUAAGAAAACUGCUGUCUGUGCAUCAUAUUCUCCGAAACGGCGACCUACUAGCAGCAACCCAGCAGAGAUCAGUGAAGCGUUGGGUGGCACCUACGUUGCGGGAAUUGAAAAAGAGGAAAGACAGACUUGGUCCAGAACCAAUACAAAAGCGAUCCUCCUUUUUGGAAUGGAACUAUCAUGCUGAAAUCUUUGCAUUUGGCAAGCGCCUGAAGGAAGAUUUUGACAGGACGUUACUGCAGCAAGCGUUUACAACACGCUCUUAUAUUGUUCAAGAGGAAAUGAAGCAGGAGCAGCUAGGUAUUGAAGAUCCCAAGCUAGCACUUACUGACAACCAAGAAUUGGGAAAAGAAGGCAUGAAGUUUAUGAAAAACUACAUAGAGAUUUAUCUGAGAGAAUCUUUGCCUAAAUUACCAGAAGAAGGUGUUGUAGCCAUUUGCAAGUUCCUGAUGGCAGAUAGCAUGUUGGCUUCUAUCUCAAAGCUUAUUGGAACGGAAGAUCUUAUUCUUUCUGCUGAAUUUCCUGUGGAAGAAUCAACAUUAGUGCAAGUGUUCUGUGCUGUUGUUGGAGCACUUUUGAAGAGCUCAGGCAGUGAGAAGACGGGCUUGUUUGUACGUGAUUUUGUGGUGGCUCAACUUGCUGGCCGAGAUGUGAGUGACAUAUGGUCUCCAGAACAGCCACUUCUGACCCUAGAAAACAUUCUUGAACAACAAGGAAGAGCUGCACCAGAGCCACGACUCAUUGGAGUGGCCGGUCCAAAUACCAUACUGGCUGCAUACAGAGUUGCUGUUUAUAGUGAUCGUCAAUUCCUUGGUGCUGGAUUUGGAGAAUCAGUAGAUACAGCAGUUGAGCAGGCUGCACUGGAUGCACUGAAACGAUUAUUCUCUGUCACAGAAAACAUGAAGCCAUUCUCGUACAAAAUAAAUCCUGAUGUAGAAAUGUACAAAGCAAACUCUAAUGCCAGUCUGGAAGACUGGGGUGUGAAACAUCCACAAAAUAUAGUAAACUGUUAACUUUGUAUUGCUCAUCCAAAAAUUUAGAGCUGUAUGUGUACAAAGUUUUAUUAAAAUUUUUGAUCUCAAAUAAAAUUGCUACUGUAUUUCUUCAGA